CUCGCGCCCAUGGUGAGAGGCUUCUAAGAUGGCGGCGCGCAAGGGUCCGCGGCGCACGUGUGAAACAGAGGAACCCAUGGAGGCCGAGUCUCACGACGCAGGGUCGGAGGGUCCGGCCCAGGUCUACCUGCCUGGCCGGGGGCCUCCGCUGCGCGAAGGAGAGGAGUUGGUCAUGGACGAGGAGGCCUACCUGCUGUACCACCGAGCGCAGACUGGCGCCCCCUGUCUCAGCUUUGACAUAGUCCGGGAUCACCUUGGAGACAAUCGGACAGAGUUUCCUCUUACGCUUUACCUCUGUGCUGGGACCCAGGCGGAGAGCGCCCAAAGCAACAGAUUAAUGAUACUUCGAAUGCACAAUCUGCACGGCACGAAGCCCCCGCCAUCAGAGGGCAGCGAUGAAGAGGAGGAGGAAGAUGAAGAGGAUGAAGAAGAGCGGAAGCCUCAGCUGGAACUGGCUAUGGUGCCCCACUAUGGUGGCAUCAACCGAGUUCGGGUGUCGUGGCUGGGCGAGGAGCCGGUGGCCGGGGUGUGGUCGGAGAAGGGCCAGGUGGAGGUGUUUGCACUGCGGCGGCUCCUGCAGGUGGUCGAUGACCCCCAGGCCCUGGCGAUCUUCCUCCGGGAUGAGCAAGCCCGCACAAAGCCCAUCUUUGCCUUCGCUGGCCAUAUGGGCGAGGGCUUUGCUCUGGACUGGUCCCCCCGUGUGCCUGGGCGCCUGUUGACAGGUGACUGUCAGAAGAACAUCCACCUGUGGACGCCCACAGACGGCAGCUCCUGGCAUGUGGACCAGCGGCCUUUUGUGGGCCACACACGCUCCGUGGAGGACCUGCAGUGGUCUCCGACCGAGGACACGGUAUUUGCAUCCUGCUCCGCUGAUGCCUCCAUUCGCAUCUGGGACAUCCGGGCAGCCCCCAGCAAGGCCUGCAUGCUCACCACGGCCACCGCCCAUGACGGGGACGUCAACGUCAUCAACUGGAGCCGCCGGGAGCCCUUCCUGCUCAGUGGUGGGGAUGACGGGGCCCUCAAGGUCUGGGACCUGCGGCAGUUCAAGUCUGGCUCCCCAGUGGCCACCUUCAAGCAGCACGUGGCCCCUGUGACCUCCGUUGAGUGGCAUCCCCAGGACAGUGGGGUCUUCGCGGCCUCGGGUGCGGACAACCAGGUCACGCAGUGGGACCUGGCCGUGGAGCGGGACCCUGAAGCGGGCGGCGCAGAGAACGACCCCGGCCUGGCUGACCUCCCACAGCAGCUGCUGUUUGUGCACCAGGGCGAGACAGACCUCAAGGAGCUGCACUGGCACCCGCAGUGCCCCGGGGUCCUGGUCAGCACCGCCCUGUCUGGCUUCACCGUCUUCCGCACCAUCAGUGUCUGAGGCGGCCUGGCCGCGCCUGGCCCGGCCUCGCCAGGGAACCGGAGUUUGGGUUGGUUCCCCUGGAAGGGACACACACUCAGAGCCGGCGACCAGCCCCCUCCUAAAGAAGGACCUUGCUUGGCCCGCUGGCCACCAUGGUGGCUCCUCUUGGACUUAAACUGUGCUUGGAAAGGGUUUGUCUGCUCCGGAGACCCCUCUCUUGCCGAAGGACAGGAUUGACUCGCAACCCCGUAAAACAACCUGAUUUGGUCUAAUGACCCCUCUGGCCAAAGGACUUGGUUUGACCCACGGCCCUCCGAAGAAACCACUGGGUCUGACUCCAGGGACCCCACCCGCCCAAAAACUUGGUUCAGCCCAGUGAUUCCCCCCCCCCAGACACCACCCUCAGAGGACUCUGUCCCCCGUUUCCUGGGGGAUCCAGUGUGGCCCCAAUUGCUAUGGGUAUUUUGUCAGCCAUGGCACCUGGCCCGACCCUCUGGCCCCCUAGAACCCAAUGGCUUCACACUGGCUGGACCAGAUUUGAGGGGUGGGCUUCACCAGCAGGAUUAGAGUCUAUCCCUUCCUGCCACCAGGACUAAACAGUCGGGGCGGGGGGGGGGCUGCAUGGGCCUCUCCCCUCCUCCCUGGGGAGGAGGAGAUUCGGGGCUCCUAAGAGGCAGUAAAGGGCCGGA